AUGGGGCUCUCCACUUCCUGUGCUGGCAGCUCUCCGCACUCUUCCAGGCCGAAUGGUGACUGCCGCACAGAAGCCGUCCUGGCUUGCAGCCAGCAGUGUUCAAAGGAAAGCACUCGAGACAUGAAGGGUUUCCAUGAGGUCAAGACGACUUCGUGGUCUCCUGCCCAGAGCAAGAAGCAGCUUCAGCAGGCUCAGCGCGUGGUUGAUCAAACCUUGCAAGUGCUGGCGAUGGGAGUUCCUGUUCGACUUCCACACAAGGAUGUGGAGCACAAACUUUGCGUAUCGCAGGACUGUAAAACAUUGGAGCUGCACAUGGGGUCAGGCGACACAGGGCAGCAGAUGCGGAUACCGCUGAGCCAGGUGGUGGACAUCAGCUUCGGAGCCAGUCCGGAUAGCCUGGUGCUACGCUUCAGCGAUCCAUUGUGCAGGGAAGCCCUGGAGCUGACAUUCUUGGACGAGGAUCAGCGCUUGCAGGUGGCAUUAACCUUGAAGGUGCUGAGGGCAAGGUUGCAAUGA